CUCAAAACCGUACUUAUUUGUACUAUACUCACUGCAGUAGUGCACUACUGCUCUGAUUCUCCGUUUCAAAUCUCUAAAAUCUUCUUUUCACCGUAAAAAUACUAGAGAGAGAGAGACGGAGACGAAGAGCCACCGCGGAGGAGCGGAGGGGAGUGGGUUUGCGGAAGUGUAAAGCAAUACACUAUUCUUCGCUGUAUGUCAGAGGAGAAGUAUUGCUAUUUCUACGGAGAUCAGUAUUACGGCGGUUACAGUGAGCUCGCAAAUCCAUUGCAAUGGCCUCAACUCCGGAAAAGGCGGCGCUUACAUCCAGAAGUGACUCUAUCGUUGCUGCACCCGCGGCCGCGGAUGGCAACGUUUUGCAGGAAUGGACAUCCCCUGUCGACCACCAGAUCAGCAAGCGCAAAGCCGGCGCCGCCGGUUCUCCCCUGGCGACCGUGAUCGACUCCGAUGAAAACGCUCCUGCAUCGAAUCCACCUUCUGCUAAAGGACUACCAAACAUGAUGAGGGCUCAAAGCCGACAUCCAUUGGAUCCCUUAGCUGCUGCUGAGAUCUCAGUAGCCGUGGCAACAGUCCGGGCAGCUGGAGCAACUCCUGAGGUCAGAGAUAGCAUGCGGUUUGUUGAAGUUGCUUUGGUGGAACCUGAUAAGAAUGUGGUUGCAUUAGCAGAUGCCUACUUCUUUCCUCCAUUUCAGCCAUCAUUACUACCCAGAACUAAAAAAGGACCUGUAAUUCCCAGUAAACUUCCUCCAAGACAGGCAAGACUUAUAGUUUACAAUAACAAGUCAAAUGAGACUAGCAUCUGGAUUGUUGAACUCUCUGAAGUACAUGCUGUAACUAGGGGUGGCCACCACAGGGGUAAAGUUAUUUCGUCAAAGGUUGUGCCUGACGUACAGCCAUCAAUGGAUGCUGCAGAAUAUGCUGAAUGUGAAGCCGUUGUAAAGGAUUUCCUUCCUUUUCGGGAUGCAAUGAGAAAGAGGGGCAUUGCGGAUAUGGAUCUUGUGAUGGUUGAUGCCUGGUGUGUUGGUUAUCACAGUGAGACUGACGCACCUACACGCAGACUUGCAAAACCGCUUAUUUUCUGUAGAACUGAGAGUGAUUGCCCGAUGGAAAAUGGUUAUGCACGUCCAGUAGAAGGAAUUUACAUCCUCGUUGAUAUGCAAAAUAUGGUUGUUGUAGAGUUUGAAGAUCGUAAGUUGGUUCCCCUACCCCCAGUUGAUCCUUUAAGAAAUUACACUCCUGGGGAAACCAGAGGCGGGGUUGAUCGAAGUGAUGUGAAGCCACUUCAUAUUGUUCAACCUGAAGGUCCUAGCUUCCGUGUCGAUGGACACUUUGUUCAGUGGCAGAAGUGGAACUUCCGUAUUGGCUUCACCCCCAGAGAAGGUUUAGUUAUCUACUCAGUUGCAUAUGUUGAUGGUAGUAGAGGCCGAAGGCCUGUAGCUCACAGGCUGAGCUUCGUGGAGAUGGUUGUUCCUUAUGGGGAUCCAAACGAUCCACACUACAGAAAAAAUGCAUUUGAUGCAGGGGAAGAUGGUCUUGGUAAAAAUGCACACUCGCUAAAAAAGGGAUGUGAUUGUUUAGGCUUCAUCAAGUACUUCGAUGCACAUUUCACAAAUUUUACAGGAGGCGUUGAAACAAUUGAAAAUUGUGUUUGCAUGCACGAGGAGGAUCAUGGAAUCUUAUGGAAGCAUCAAGACUGGCGAACUGGCUUAGCUGAAGUAAGGCGUUCAAGACGACUCACUGUCUCUUUCAUAUGUACUGUGGCUAACUAUGAAUAUGGUUUCUUCUGGCAUUUUUAUCAGGAUGGAAAAAUUGAAGCUGAGGUUAAGCUUACCGGUAUUCUCAGUCUAGGGGCUUUGCAGCCCGGUGAAGUAAGAAAGUUUGGGACAACAAUAGCACCCGGUUUAUAUGCACCCGUUCAUCAACACUUCUUUGUGGCUCGCAUGGACAUGGCUGUUGAUUGCAAGCCUGGAGAAGCACAUAACCAGGUGGUUGAGCUAAAUGUUAAAGUUGAAGAGCCGGGAGAAAAUAAUGUUCAUAACAAUGCAUUUUAUGCGGAGGAGAGAUUGCUCAAAACUGAACUGGAAGCCAUGCGUGACUGUAACCCUUUAUCUGCUCGCCACUGGAUUAUCAAGAACACAAGAACUGUAAACCGCACUGGACAGUUAACAGGGUACAAGCUUGUGCCUGGCUCAAACUGUUUGCCAUUAGCUGGUGCAGAGGCAAAGUUUAUGAGAAGAGCUGCUUUCCUAAAACACAAUCUUUGGGUCACACCUUAUGCAAGUGAUGAGAUGUUUCCUGGAGGAGAGUUUCCUAACCAGAAUCCUCGUGUCGGAGAGGGAUUGGCUUCUUGGGUUAAACAAAACCGGUCUCUGGAAGAAACUGACAUCGUUCUCUGGUACGUAUUUGGAAUAACACAUGUUCCUCGGCUGGAAGACUGGCCGGUCAUGCCUGUGGAGCACAUUGGUUUCAUGCUCAUGCCACAUGGAUUCUUUAAUUCGUCUCCAGCAGUAGAUGUUCCGCCAAGCUCAGCUGAACCAGAUCCAAAGGAAAAUGGGGUGGCGACAAAGCCGUGUCAUCCGCCAUCCUUGGUCGCAAAGCUUUGAUUCAUUCAAGGAAAAGAUCCAUUGUUUCAUUUGUCUAUACGCUUGUUUCUUGUGUCUAAUAAUAUCUACAAUACUUGGUUGAUUUUUAAGUACUCCGAUUUUUUGUUUUAUUUCUUAAAAUGAUAUCUGUUGGGUGAUCCUGUUAGGCAAUUCGAAUGUUUUAGAAAAUAUAUUGGUCUUGAAGUUUCUGAUUAUGUUACUUAUGAAGUAUACCAGAUUGGUUUAGACUAGUUUAUAAGUAUCAGGUAUGAUUAUAAAGUAUUAUUUCAUGGUUUCAAUGUAUGGGGAUGCCUUUGGGGACAAAUCUACUGCGAUUAGCCUGACAAUAAUCCGUCCAUCUUUAC